GUGGAAGUGGAGGUGGAGAUAGAGGUGGAGGUGGAGGUAGAGGUACAGGUGGAGAUGGAGGUGGUGGGAGUGGCACAUUCGGCCGAGAUUUAGCUUGGAAGUAUUGUUCACCAUUAGAGGGAAACCGAAAUGGGACAAUUUGUAAUUUUUGUGGGCUGGUGAUGAAGAGUGGAGGCAUUAGUCGAUUCAAGUAUCAUUUAGCGCAUAGAGACCCGAAUAACAAUACCAAAAAGUGUCUUUCAGUGCCACCCGAAGUGAAAAAAGAGAUACGAGAGAUGUUGCAUGAAAAAAGUAAAGCAAAAGAAAAGAAAGCUAUGGAUAUUGAAGAGAUCAGAGAUCAAUUACGUGGCACUAUGGGGGCUAGGCAUACACAUGACAUGGAUGAGGAUGAUGAUGAUGAUGAAGAUGAAGAAGUGUACAUGUAUCCAGCAAAUAUGGACCCGGAUGAGCGGGAUGCUUAUCGAGAAGCGAUUCGUGCAUCGAAGGCAACAGAAUGGGAGAGACAACAACAUGAAAAUCUUGUAGGAAGCAAGCGUAAAACAGGGGAGUCGUCACGACGUAGUGGUGCACCGAUAAUGCGGAAAUCUCAAAGUAUGCGACAUUCAGACCCAUCACCACCUAUUGCACCCUCACUCUACAAGUCUUCUAAGGCAAAGCAAAAAAAUAUUAAAGAUAUGUUAAAGGGUGGUUCAAUUAAAGAAACGAUGGGACGCUUAGUAAGCAAAUUCUUCAUUUAUGAUAGUGUCGCGCCCAAUAAAGCAAACUCUCACCACUUCAAGAAUAUGAUUAUUGGUGCACAACAAGCAGGUAAUUUUUAAGUUCUCAAAUUUUAUAUUGUUUUAUACCUUCAGUAGGUGUGGUCUUUUAUGUCAUGUUUUAAAUAUUUCUUACAUAUGAUUUGUAGGAAUGGGAAUCGAACCUCCAUCUCCAUAUGAAAUAAAGAAUAAGUACUUGGAAAUGGAGUACAAAGAUAUGGAAGCUUAUGUGAACCAGCAAAGAGAAAAAUGGAAGACAUAUGGUUGCACCAUAAUGUCAGAUGGAUGGACAGGGCCCACGAGAUUAAGCAUAAUUAAUUUCAUGGUUUAUUCAAAAGGGAGUACAGUGUUCCUCAAGUCAGUUGAUGCAUCCAACAGUAUUAAAGACCACAAAUACAUAUACAAGCUAUUGAAGAAUGUUAUCAAAGAAGUCGGGGUAGAUAAUGUGGUCCAAAUUGUCACAGAUAACGGGUCAGCAUUCGUGAAAGCAGGGAAGUUGUUGAUGAAAAAGUUUAACUUAUAUUGGACCCCAUGUGCGGCACACUGCAUCGACUUAAUGUUUGAAGACAUUGGGAAAAGACCUAGUACUGCCGAGGUAAUACGUAAUGCUCGCAAGAUAACUAACUUCAUUUACAAUCAUUGUUGGUUACUUGCAGAAAUGAGAAAGUACUGUGGUGGAGACAUUGUUCGACCAGGAGCUACAAGGUUUGCUACAAACUAUAUUGCUCUUGAAAGUCUUCUUAAAAAAAGGGCUGAUUUGAAGAAAUUGUUUAUGAGUGAUGAAUGGGCACUACACAAGCUUAGUCGGACAAACAUUGGACGAGAUAUAGAGAAACUAAUGUUUGAUCAUCCGUAUUGGGAUAGAAUGAAACAUGUUGUUUCAUACUUUGAACCACUAUAUGUGGUGCUUCGAAUCAUUGAUUCAGAAGUUGUUCCAACAAUGCCGUUUGUGUACGAGCUUAUGCAAGUGAUGAAAGAAAAUCUCAAUCGUCAACAAGUUGGCGAUUGGAUCUUCAAAAUACUUAAAGAUCGUUGGGAGAAAACACUAAAACAUCCACUUCAUGCAGCAGCAUACUUCUUGAAUCCAAGGUUUCAAUAUAGGCGUGGAGUUGGUAGUGAUCCAUAUUUAAUUCAAUCAGUCCAUGAAGUAUUUGCUAAAUUAGACCCAAAUGCUGAAUCGGUUGGUCAAUUUGGAAAUGAGCUUGUGCUUUUUCGAGAUGCAAAGAGAGGAUUCAGUGAUCGAGCGGCGAUUGCAUCAAGGUCAACCAUGGUGCCCGCUGAAUGGUGGUUCAUGUAUGGGAACCAAACACCUACAUUGAGAAAUUUGGCCAUUAAAGUGGAACUGAUGAUGGAAGUGAUCAAGCAGGAGGAGAUAUUGGGGAACGCCAACAAAGUCAAUAUCCAAUGA